GAGUGAUAAUAUUGAAUAAAGUCUUGUGCGGUCAGUAGUGCAGUCUGCUUUUGUCGCUUGGAAUAUAUUUAUUGAGAAAUCAAUCAUGCAUUUUACUGUUGUUUUAACCAUUUUCAUACAUGCUGCAUUUGGCGUUCCCAUUUCACCAGGACACUUCAACGCUCAUGCAGAUGACUUUGGUAUGGCUGUUGUAGAUAUAGAAAAAGAUGUGAUUCUUUCUCCUGGAAAAGGAGGGAACAACUUCAACGCAGAAUCGGAAAACAAUGCUCAAGCUGUUGUCACUGUGGGCGGUGCUGUUCAUGGUUUCGCUACAAACAGGACUGGGGAAGAGUUUAACGCGGUGUCGAAGAAACAAGGGGUUUCUCAAGUUAGAGUAAACGGAGACCUGUUCAUAGAAAAUUUGGACCCUUCAGUUAAGAAGUUUGAUGCAUCUUCCGAGUCACAUGGUCAGUCCUUAGUACAGGUUGGAAAUGUCGUUGUGGUUGCGGGAGCUCGUGGAGGAAAACAUUUAAGGAGAGAUGUGAAAGAUGGAAUCGAUCAAGCCCCCUGGGGAGCUGCGGCAGUCGCCGAGCAGAAUUCGAAGCCAUGGGAAACUAUUAACCACGGCCCAGACGCUACUCCUGUGGGCGAUUCUCCCAUUUCGAGCCUUGUCCCUGAUUCAAAUCUUCAUGUAGAUCAGCCCACAGGGUCCAGCGUUAGCUCUGUCGAACCAUCGCCAGUGACUGAAGUCUCACCAGCAGCCCCUCACGAAGAACAUGUUCCAAUCCCUGGAUCUGAAAGUGAAACUCUGCCUCACCCGACUGAAGGCCAAAAUCACUCAUCUGUCCCAACAGAAAACACGUCAGCCCCUACAACGUUCACGACAAGUGAGGCGUCAACAUUUGAGACUUCGACAAUUGUUCCAGUCGUUACCGACGCUCCAAAACCACACUCAACAGAAAUUGUCCCAAUCAUUACAGACGCUCCUAAACCACGUCCAACGGAAAUUGUGCCAGAGUCAACUACGCAUUCGAAUAUCACCAUAAUCGAUGAAAAUCCGGUUCAUGUCAUUCAUCCAAGUGGUGGAUAUCAGAUUGGAAGUUUGAAUGCUGUUUCAAAAGGUCAAGGUAGCAAAUCCAUGGUGCAGGUUAAGGGAUUUGUCCAAUAUUAAUAUGAUCAUUGACUAUCAAAUAAGUCAUUAUCAACUAAAAUUUUAAC